AUGUUGUCUCUCAUCCUCCCCAGCCUUUUGGCCCUUGCUCAGGGUGCCCCGCACGGCCACCCCAAGGGAAACAGCACUGGACUCAACGCAGGCCUAGUCAGUGAUCUUGCUGUAGCGAAAGCCUUCGCCGCGCACAUCACGGGCCCCAGCAACGUCACCGCAAACUGGACUGCGGCUGGUGACGAUCUGUCCCUAUGGGAUGGCUUCUUCCUAGAGACCAACCCCGACACCAACCAGCUCGCACUCGCAUCCGUCGACAUCAACGGCUUCGGCCUGGAGGGCGACUACCAGUUGGAAGGCUUCCUCGACAAGCUUCACGACCUUGCCUUGUUCCAUGCCAAUAGCAACAACUUCAAGGGCACCAUUCCCAAGAUCAACAAGUUGAAGUACUUGUACGAGCUCGACGUCAGCAACAACAAGCUGUCCGGAUCGUUCCCCAAGAACGCACUCGGUGUCAACGGACUUACCUUCUUCGACAUCCGCUUCAACAGCUUCUCCGGAAAGCUCCCCAGUGAUCUCUUCACCACAUGGCCCCAAAUCGAGGCCAUCUUCGUCAACAACAACGAGUUCGAGGGCGAGAUCCCCAACAGCAUUGGUGCUUUCCCCGGCCAGUACCUCGCCUUGGCCAACAACAAGUUGAGCGGUGCUAUCCCCACCACCGUCGCCAACAUGGCUAGCCUCCAGGAGUUCCUCCUCCUCGGUAACCAGCUUACCGGCACCAUCCCCCAGGGCCUCGGUAACCUCGUCAACCUCACUGUCUUUGACGCUUCCCACAACCAGUUGACCGGCCCUGUCCCAGAGGACCUUUGCGCAAGCAAGUCGGUCCAGAACAUUACCCUGGAAGGCAACAACCUGGACAAGAACCUCGGCCCCAACUGCGCCCAGGCUCUGAAGAAGGGUGUCCUGACCAUCUAA